AUGGGUUUGCACUCAGCCCAGAAGAAACACUUUCCCCUGCGGGGAAUCGACGGUGUGGUUAAGCUGUUUGAUGCUGAACUCCGGAAGUCUGAGCCAGACCUAGCCCUUCUCUCCCUGGUCCUGGGUUUUGUCGAGCAUUUCUUAGCUGUGAACCGGGUCGUCCCCAUAAACGUCCCGGGGGUCCGCUUUGAACCACUGGAGCCGGACUGCCCCACCUCCUGCUUCCCUACAGUGGAGCUGAGCAUGAUUUCUGCACUGUACGAGCGCUUUACGGCCCAGAUCCGCGGCGCUGUGGACCUGUCCCAGUACCGGAGGACUGCUGCAGGGUCCAGCAGGGAGCUGGUCAAGAAAGUGUCAGAUGUGAUCUGGAACAGUCUAAGUCGCUCUUACUUCAAGGACCGGGCCCACAUCCAGUCCCUCUUUAGUCUCAUCACUGGUACCAAACUGGACAGCUCUGGUGUGGCAUUCGCAGUCGUGGCAGCCUGCCAGGUUCUGGGUCUGAAGGACGUUCAUCUAGCACUGUCUGAGGACCACGCCUGGGUGAUUUUCAGCAAAAACGGUGAAGAAACUGCUGAGGUCACCUGGCACGGAAAGGGUAACGAAGACCGACGAGGACAAACCGUCGCAGCGGGAGUCAGUGAGAAAAGCUGGCUUUAUCUGAAGGGUUCCUACAUGAAAUGUGACAGAAACAUGGAGGUGGCCUUCAUGGUUUGUGCCAUCAACCCAUCACUGGACCUGCAUACAGACAGCUCUGAGCUCCUGCAGCUACAACAGAAACUCCUGUGGUUGCUGUAUGAUCGAGGCGACCUGGACAGGUAUCCUAUGGCCAUGGGCACUCUAGCAGACCUCGAAGAUCAGGAUCCGAUCCCAGGCAAGGAGAGCCCCCUGAAAAUCCACCUCAAGGCUGUCAACUCUGCUCAGCAGUACUACAACAACGAGCACAUCUACCCCUACAUGUACCUGGGCGGUUUCCACUACAGACACAGGGAUGUGCGGGAGGCUCUCAAGUCCUGGGCUGAGGCUGCUCAGGUCAUGCAGGACUAUAACUAUUUCCGUGAGGACGAGGAGAUCUACAAGGAGUUCUUUGACAUUGCAAAUGAUGUUAUCCCCAAUCUGCUGAAGGAGACGGCUGCUGCUGCAGAGAGUUCUGGGGAGGGAGGAGAGGGAGGAGAAGGAGCUGACAAGGAGCACCCCAAGCAGGCAGCAGCCCUCUCCGCUCUCCAGGACCCAGAAUGCUUUGCCCACCUGCUCUGUUUCUAUGAUGGCAUCUGCAAAUGGGAGGAGGGCAGUCCCACGCCGGUCCUUCACGUGGGCUGGGCCACCUACCUGGUCCAGUCUCUGAGCCGCUUUGAUGCUCAGGUGCGUCAGAAGGUGUCGAUCGUAAUCAAAGAGCCGGAGGCCCAGGAUGAUGACGACAUGUCCAGCGACGACCCCCGGGAGGGCCGCAGACGAGGCCCAAGGAGAGAGUCCAAGCCAGACGAGCAGAGCUCUCCUCCUCCCGCUGCCCCCACCUCCCCAUCCACCCAGCCUGGAGCUGCACCCGCUGCAGCAGCCCAGCCCAAGAAGGUGGGAGAGGGAGGGGGCCGCCGACGCUCCUCACAGGUCCUGCGAGGGGAAAACGCCGAUGGAAAACCCAGCUCCCCCAGCCCAGACUCUUCCCCCUCCUCCCAGCAACAGGCAUCCCCCUUCCCCGCCGGUCCUGUGGUCGCCUUUCAGAGUGAGAAGAUGAAGGGGAUGAAGGGGCUGCUGUGUGCGGCCAAGGUGAACUCCAGCGCCAUCAAGCUGCAGCUCACCGCCCAGUCACAGGUCCAGAUGAAGAGGCAGAAGAGCACUCCAGCCGGGGACUACUCCAUGUCCUUCAUGAAGCGGCAGCGCAAGUCACUCUAGACAUGUUGAUUGUUGUAGGAGAAGUUGUUGACUCUUUAGGACAUACUGUGAACGGCAACACGGACAGCCGAUUAACCUCGCUUUUGUUUGUGAAACUAUUUUACCAGUGUUUUCAUCCAGUGGUUCGGGUCAGUCAGUAUCCUCAUCGUUCCUAGCAAUAUGUUUGACUUGCACACUUGAGUUAAGCAUCACAUAUCAGAAUUGAACUGAAGGAGUGUACAUUUCAUUCUGUUUUUAUUUAACUAGUCAGAUUUUCUGGGGGAACUGUCUGGUUUAAAAGAUUGUUAAGCACUCAUUCAUCAUUAGUUUGUGUUUUAAUUGGCAGCCAAUUGCACACUGACUAUUAACUUCUCAUUGACUUAGAUGUGGAUGUUUGAAGCCAAAGUAACGAGGACGACCAGAAUACAACGUACAGACAGUACAGUGUAAAUAUCAACUUGUACCAUUAGGAAUCUGUCCAUGACUGAAGCCUUGGAAGUGAUUAAUUUAGGAUAGUUACUGUGUAACAUUGUCCACUUCUGCUCUAUCGACAGCUUAUUUCUUGCUAGCUCUAUGUUGCCUUACUUUGCCUUUGUUCUUUUCUAAAGUAGGUGGCCUUUAGUUUUAAGAAUAGCUAAGUUCGGCCUAUUUUUAAUUAUUAGAGAAGACCAGGAAGACCAUGCACUGUUGAGAUGGAGCCACAUUAGGUGGCCCCGCUACAUCCUAUUUGCUUGAUGACUUGUGGUUUUUGUUCUUGUUUUUGUAUCUGCAAGUAAUAAAGACCUGAUGAAAA